AAAUCUGAUGCGCUCUUCUUCUCGCUUCUAAUUUCUUCCUUGAGCUGAUUUUCUUUGAUCAUCACCCCUCGCACGGCCGAUGGAAAAAAUUGGACGAGCUCUUUCAACCCUUGCCUUGGCUUUCGCGAUCCUGAGCAUCAUUGAGACCACGAGUUCUCAAGAGUCAUGCCCGUACCCACCAUGCGCUAAUGAUCCACCGCCCGCGGCGGCGGCGGCGGUGACCACUCCGGCUCAAACGGGAUCGUACCCGGCACCGGCACAGCCCGGCGCUACUACCUACCCUCCGCCGGCGGGGUACUUCCCUUACAGCCCGCCUCCGCCGAGCGGUGGUUUUUAUGCCGCUCCUCCACCGCCUGAUCCAAUCUUGCCCUACUUCCCUUACUACUACCGGAAGCCUCCCCGGACGAGGACCGAGCCCUCAUCGGCAGACGCGGGUCUCUGGAGAUCGACGGUCGUGAUUAUUGGGGUGGUGGCUAGUUUGGGUCACUUGUGGUUUUGUUUAAUGGUUAGCUAGACAAAUAGACAACUGUUAGUUAUGUGCAAAGGAAGCU